CCACGUUAAAUUAUAUGCAGUUUUUUUUUUGUCUGCUAAUGUUGGGUUAUGGUGCAAUGAUUAGCACAUUAAAAAGGUCGUGGGUUUGAAUCCACCAGACCAACUGGGGCCUUUCUUUGUGGAGUUCUCCUUCUCUGUCUUCAUUCCACAAUCCAAAGAAUAUGUGCAAGAAUGGGUGACUGCCUCUAUGUGUUAGUCUGUGACUAAAUGUGGCCUGUCCAGUGUGUGUCGGCUGUCACUCGAUGCUCUGCACAAAAGCAAAUAAGUGGAAGAACAUUGAUAUCACAUGCUUCUCUCAAGAUGACAAAAUGUGUAUUUUCUUCAUGAUCCCUAUUUAUAUCAUAACAGAAAUUUCUCAAGAUGUCCGGCAUCUACUUUAAAAACCAGAGUCCAGAAUGGGUGAACCAAGUAAGUAGAGGGCUUCCUAAAAUGACAGGGGAUAAAAGAAAAAUUAAAGAAAUUGUCUCUCGUCCAUCCAGGCGGUCUGUCUUCUGAACACUUCCGCUGUCCUUGUGGUCACUUCAGCUCACUCUGGGAAACUCCUGCUGGAGAUGAAGAGAGUUACACUUGGGCUUCGCUUAUGAACAGCAGCUGUUUUACAGCUUCACAGCUGAUCUGAGCAUAAAAGAACAGCUGAGUGAAACAGGGAGUGAAAGCUGUUACUUUUCUGCUGUUUUGUGACAGUUUGGUGAAUGAAAGCAUGGGAGUGUAUGUAUACAGAGACCUUAACUGGAUAUUCAAGUUUUAUGAUCUGACUUUCUUUGAGGGGGCCCUCAGCAGGUGGAUGCCUCCCACCUCACAGUGUGUAAGUGACAGUUUUUCUGCUCUGUUGCGUCAUAACAUACAGUUAGAGAGAGACAGAGCACAGGAAAGCAACAGCAUGAUAGAGAAAGCACCAGAACAGAGUAGAGGCAGUGAGAUAGAGCAACUCUGUUCCUGUCAAGCUUCUCGCAGCUGUUCAACGUCACAACUGACUCCUGACAGACAGCCCCAACUGAAGGACAAAAAUAACCCUCAAGGAGAGGGCGCCUACCAACACUCAACAUCAGGGGUCAGGGGAUUUCUGCCAAUGUAAAGCAAAAAAUUUGACAAUAAAUUUAAAAAGCUGAAGAGCUCUCACAGAUGACAACCAGCUUCAGGUGUGUUUCUUUCGCACAAAGAUAACUGGUUUUAUUGACAAGCCUGCCCACUGAAGAUUUUUAAUUUCUCACUUAACUAAAGAGACAAAACACCAACCAACCCGUCUUCUGCAUCUGUUGGUACAGUUCAAGAGGUGCUCAGCUAUUUUAGUAACUUGGGUGAGGAAUGUACAGUCACUGAAGAACACAGGCACAGAUUGGAGAUCCUACACUAAGUCUUCUCUCAUCCACUCAGACCAUCAUCCAUUCACCAGAGUCUCAGAAUCCGGCGCACCUACAAUGGAGACUGUGGCAAUAUUUGACUCACCUGGGAAGGGGAGAGGGUUAAAGGCAACAAAGGAGUUUUGGGCAGGAGAUGUAAUUUUUUCUGAGGCCAGUAUUGCAGCUGUUGUCUUUGACAGUCUAGCAGAGCGUAUUUGCCACAGCUGUUUCCGAAGACAAGAGAAGCUUCAGCGGUGCGGCCAGUGUAAAUUUGCACAUUACUGUGACCGAACCUGCCAGCGUGCAGGCUGGGCAGAGCACAAGCUAGAAUGCAGCGCCAUCAAAGCUUAUGGCAAAGUACCAAAUGAGAACAUCCGUCUGGUGGCCCGCAUUAUGUGGCGCCUCGACAAGGAGGGGAGCACAGUGUCUGACAUGCAGCUGACCACGCUGGACGAGCUGGAGGACCACAUUGCCGACAUGCCAGAGGACGACUUGAAGGAGCUGAAAGUGGACAUUCACAACUUCCUGGACUACUGGCCCCAUAAUAGCAAACAGCACACAAUUGAUGAUAUCUCACACAUAUUUGGAGUGAUCAACUGUAACGGCUUCAGCGUGAGUGACCAGAGGGGUCUCCAGGCAGUAGGAGUUGGUCUUUUCCCCAACUUGUGUCUAGUGAACCAUGACUGCUGGCCCAACUGCACCGUAAUCCUCAACCACGGCAAUCAAUCGGCUGUGAAUACUAUGUUUCAUUCUCAACGGAGGAUCGAGCUGCGUGCUUUGGGUAAGAUUGCAGAAGGCGAGGAGCUGACAGUCGCCUAUGUGGACUUCUUGAAUUUGUCAGAGGAGCGACAGAGGCUGCUGAAAACACAAUAUUUCUUUGACUGCACGUGUGAACACUGCAAGAACCGAAUCAAAGAUGACAUCAAGAUUGGGGGAAGGGAAGAGGACGGAGUCAAGCCUUCAGAGGAACAAGUGAAAGAGGCCACAGAUUAUUGCUUUCAGAUGCUAGAGAAGAUGGAGAAGGCUCGAUUAAAUGGUGACUACCAUGAGGUUGUGAAAAUCUGCAGGGAGUGCAUUGAGAAGACAGAGCCGGUUCUGGCAGACACUCACAUCUACCUGUUGAGGAUGUGGAGCACAAUGAGCGAGGUUCAAGCUUACCUGCAGUACUUUGAUGAUGCUGCAGAUUACGCCCGCAAGAUGGUGGAGGGAUACAUGAAGCUGUACCACCCGAACAACGCUGCUCUUGGCAUGGCUGCCAUGAGAGCAGGAGUGACCCACUGGCAGGCUGGGCAGAUUGAGGUUGGACAUGGGAUGAUCUGCAAGGCCUACGCCAUUCUCAUGAUUACCCAUGGCCCAAUACAUCCCAUCACUAAGGACCUUGAUGCGAUGCGCAUUCAGACAGAGAUGGAGCUGAGGAUGUUCAAACAGAAUGAGUAUGUUUAUCACAGUAUGAGAGAGGCAGCUCUGAAGAACAAACCCAUGACCAUGAUGCACGAGCCCAAGUCUGUGGAGGAGGGAAUCAAAAAUCUCUUCCACCGGAGGAAGUGAUCACAUGACAGUAAUCAGGAGAACCCCACCCUAUUGUUUACUGUUAACAGCUUUCAGAGUGUUGAUGUUAGUCUAGCCAUUUAGUCACAUGACCAUUUUCUGUAUCACUCAGUUUUUCAGAGAAAUAUGUCUUUUCAUUAAAAAAAGAUGUCUUGACCUUGUGAGUUUGCUUUGAGGAUGCAAAAUCCAACCACAGGAGUGAAUCAAAAUGUAACAAGCACUGUUACCUCUGCCCUCAUAAAACUUAAAAAAACAAAACAAAAACAAAACAGGCUUAAGUUAGUGCGCCUGUACAUCAAAUAGACCCAUAUCCUUUAGUGUUUACUGUGAUACUGCAUAAGGUCAACAGAUACCGCACAAGAAAUGCAAUGACAGUAUGUCAUUCUGUAACCCAGUGUAAAGUUUUACAUUACCAAAACCAGAACAUGUUGCUAGCUUAACUGAUCUUUGACUGCACAGAUAAAGAUCUAACUCUCUUGCAGAUCCUGGGGUAGUCACAAACACAAGCUAUAUGCUAAAUUUGAUAUAAGGCCUUUAACUAAAUUGCUGUCUUUAAGGUGUAAAUAUCUACAGUGCAGCUUCAAAAUGCCUCAAACUCUCUUAAAUCUUAAUUUUUGACAAAGCCAGACACUCUAGUGUAGUGCCAGCAUUCAGCUAGAUUCAAACAAGGUCUCUGAGUAUCCCAGGUUACAUUCAUCAAGGUAUUUGUUAACACUAGUACUCACUAGGAAGUAGACAUCGUCAAUGAAAGGAUCUUUUAUAUUUUAACUCUUCACAGUCUCCACAUUUUGCAGGGAAGUCUGGCAAAGUUGCAAAAACAUCACAAUCGCAUCGACUUUAACCUUUGCCCCAACAAAUUAUGAAUACACUUCGAGUCCACAUGUACUGUAAGCCUUAUAAUUACAUAUGGCGUGGAAAUUAUGAGACAAAUACUGCAUUAUCAAUUAAAUGAAAUAUGUUUUCUUCACAGGAUUUUUUCCUUUGAUUUUUCCACUUCACCUCUUGGUAUUAUGUAUUCCCCACAUUUUGUUUACCUUUUUUGACUGGGAACCUAUUACUGUUAUUAUGUUACUGCUUAUAUUUGUUUAAAUAAAGUUUAGAAAAACACAAGCAAGCGAAAUUUCUGAAACCAAAGCCCCAAAAUUAGCUAGUUGGGAGUA